CUCUUUCUCCAUUAAUUAGUCUCUCCUUCCAAGCCCCUCCCAAUCUCUUAGAUUAACCCCCCUCUAUCACCUAUUUUCUCAUAUCCUUAUGCAACUUUAUGGGCAUAUAUAAUUGCUUGAAUUACUUAGUCUUGGCCUCUUGGGUUUGAAACUUAUACUAAUUUUCAAUUUAAGUUUUUUGAAGAUUUGGAGCUAGAGGAAGAUAGCUAUAAUAAAGAUAGUUAAAUAUGAAGUAAGAAAAGAAGAAAGAGAUUGCUCUUCACUACUUCGUAUCAUUUCCAUUCCCAAAUUUCAAAACCAUACAUAAACCAUUAUCAUAUCAUAUACCCCAAAUACCAUACCUCUUGUCAAAUAUACUGCAAAAACAAGCUACACAAAAAUACCCUUUUCAAUUAUUUUUGCCUAAAUUAAACUUGAUUUCUUUUUGCUGUUAUUUUGCAUGGAUAACAUCUUGGUAGGUGAUCAAGGCGGGAGUAGCAUGUUGAGGGACUAUAGGAAAGGGAAUUGGACAGUACAAGAAACUAUGGUACUUAUAGAAGCGAAAAAAAUGGACGAUGAAAGGAGAAACAGAAGGCAAGGGGAUAUUAAUGAAAGGGGAAAACCAACAGAGCUAAGAUGGAAAUGGGUAGAGGACUAUUGUUGGAGAAAUUCUUGUUUGAGGAGCCAAAAUCAGUGUAAUGACAAAUGGGAUAAUCUCAUGAGAGAUUUCAAGAAAGUUAGGGAAUAUGAAAGAAGAGAGGCUAAGAAAGCAGCUGAAGUUGGAGAAGAAAUAACAUCUUAUUGGAAGAUUGAGAAGAAUGAAAGAAAAGAAAAAAGCCUGCCUACUAAUAUGUUGCCUGAGAUUUAUGAGGCAUUAGUUGAAGUUGUGGACAGAAAAGGCCAAAAAAUGUUGCCUGCUUCUUUGCUUCCUACAUUGCAACAACAAUCUACUCAACCUCAAAUUACAGCUUUGCCACUUCCUCCACCACCAUUACCACCACCAACAACAGCAGUAGUAGCACAAACAGCAGCUCAUCAACUAUCUGAUGUUGCUUACACUGGUCAAUAUCCUUUUCCCACAACGUGUGAUUGCUCAGAUCCUGAUACAAGUGAUCUGCAUUCAGAUUCACCAGCAAAGAAAAGAAGAAUGAGUGGUGAAGGAACCAGCAGUGGCACAGCAAAAGGUAACAUUAACAACUCAUCACAAGAAGUUGGCUCUGCUAUCUCAAAGAGUGCUGUCAUUAUAGCAGAAGCCAUUCAGUCUUGUGAAGAGAGAGAAGAGAAAAGGCACAGAGAACUCUUAAGCUUACAUGAGAGAAGGCUGAAAAUUGAGGAGUCAAAAGCUGAGAUCAAUAGAGAAGGCAUCAAUGGACUUGUGGAUUCUAUCAAUAAACUUGCUAAUUCCAUCCUUGCUUUGGCUGGUAACAAGAACCAAUCAGCUCCCUAAAUUAUGUAGCUAUAUUCUCAUUCUUCUUACUCAUUUGCUAAAAAGGUACUUUAGAAAAAUAUUAAAAGGUAUAAUUGGAAAGACUAUAAUUAUUAAAUUCCAAUUGAUUGUACAAUGCUGAUGAAUAUUUGAUUAUUGUCAUCAUGUAUCUUUGCUAAUCUUCUUUCUGGGUCUAUCGGAAAUAAUCUUCUUUUUUUCAAGGUAGUUGUUAGGUCUGCGUACGCACUACUCUUCUCAUAC